UGAUAUGAGUGUUGAAGGCUUCACAGGGUAUCUGCAUAAGCAAAUGGAGAGGAAUCAGGCCCACCCCUUAAUUCAGCAAAUGAAGGUUGACAAAAAGGAUUGCAGAGUCACAAUUGCAGAAGAAAUGAAGAGUAACAUCUCAUGUUGCAGAGGAAAUGGAAUAUGCCACAUUUGUCUCCACCAAGGGGUUGGAUUGCUAGUGUGUGAAGGUGAAUGCCUGCGCAUGUUUCACUCAAGCUGCAUUGGUUUAGAGGGUUUUCCUGAAAGUGUAUGGUUCUGCUCAUCUUGUGCAUGUGGAUUAUGCGGCGGGGGUGAACACAAUAAUGAUGGUGAUCAGUUUGUGGAGUGAACACUUGUGUAUUGUGAUCAAUGCGAACGUAGAUGUGGGUUCUUCUCUCAUCUUCUUUUUUCCUAUAUGUGUUGAAUGGAAAAUUGAAAUCUCCAAAACU